AUGGCCGAUCAAAGAAAAGACAGGGAUCCAACUUUUGAGGAGUUGAUCGAACAGCUUGAUCCUAGCGCUCAACCGGACGGUUUAAAGCUUUCUGAUAUUCCACAAAUCAACACUUUCCACAUCUACCGCAAGUUCGGCUAUGGCGUUCAUAAGUACAGCUAUAAAAUCGAACCUGCGCUUCAAGUUGACAAUAUGAAUGCCAAUUAUCUUUUUCCGCUUUUUGAGGUUUCUCAUGUUUUUGAUCACCUCAAAGCGUUCCCAAUUCUAGACGUUGAAGAAUCUUCUCUCUACCUUCCAAAGAAAAUUACCAACUUUACAAUGAGCGGAAUACGAAAUCCAUUUCCGGACAAGUACUCAGACAAAAUUGAUCUGACCAUCAUUUACCAGAAAGAAAUUCCGGUUUCUGAGCAAGUCGGAUUUCUCAACGAUUUCUUUGAUCGAACCCGCCAAUGUUUUGAUUCCCUAAUUGCUCAAUGCUUCCAAGCAUCGAAGAAAGAAAUUGACGUUCUUGACUACUGGCUCUCUUCAUCACCCGGUGUGAUUACUGAAGUUACAGAAUUCAAUGUCGACGAGAGUAAUCAGCAAAUUGAUCUCCUUGUCAAAAGCGACAUGUCUAAUCUAAUUGCCACUCAAAGCCACAUGCUUGAGCUGAUGAAAAUCUUUUCGAGUUGCAAUGAAAACUUUCUACAUGCCGUCAAAUCACACUUUAUUGGAAGUGUGGUCAAAGUGAUCUACGGCGACACCAACAAAGAGUACAUGAUUGGCGAUAUUGACGGAACGAAGAAUCCCGAUUCGUUGGUAUUUGAAAGAGACGACAUGACUUAUGUGCAGUUUUUCGCUCGGGAAUAUAACAUUCAGAUAAAAGACCGCAGUCAGCCACUUCUAAUCCACAUUGAGUACGUUCCUGAGCAACGAAAGCACGUUCGCACUGAGCUCAUUCCAGAACUGUGCCGCCUCAGCAAAAUCCAAGAGUACAAUGCUUUAGUUGAUGUGGAAGCUAACAAGCCACUGGCGCCCAUCAUCCGCUAUCAGAAACUAAUGAAGUUUUUCGAUAUAAUCUACCAAUCCAACACAACGAAGCGUUCCCUGUCAGAUUGGGGUUUUUCCAUUGAGCGAUCAGUGCACACUGUACUAGCUGACAAUCUGCCGCCUGCCUGGAGUCACCUACUCCGAGGCUCGCUGCUCGAUCCAGUCGACUUGAACAACAAGUGGUUCAUCGUUUACCACAGCAAUGACCGCUGGAUCGUCGAAACCUUUCUUCGCCGCUGUCAGGAGUUUGCGCAGCGAAUGUCCAUCAAGAUUGACACUCCGCGAAAGUACUCACUGAAUCGCCAGGACACUGACUCCUACCUGAACGCAGUCAGAGAGAACAUUAGCGAAGAGGAUCGCAUUGUGGUGAUUGUGACGCCGGGAAGUCUUCAGAUUCAGGAUCGCUAUGAUGCCAUCAAGCAGUACUGCACUGAAGUGCGUGGCAUACCAACGCAGUUUGUGCGCUCUGUCACGCUGACACAGCCGAGCAAGAUGGAGACCGUCAGUCCGAAUAUUCUGGUGCAGAUGAACUGCAAAGCGGGCGGAGUGCCCUGGUCGGUGGACAUGCCUCUACAGGGAGUCAUGUACGUGGGCCUGGACGUUUACAAGGGCUUUCUGGUACAAAGUGACGACGAGCCACAACGACCCAUCCUGGGCUGUGCCGCCUCGACCAAUGCGCAGGGCACGCGUUGGUUCUCAAAGGUCGCCGAACAGCCGUUGAGUGGAUUCUGCAAUGAGAAGCUAGGCUGGCUUGUGAGAGAUGCACUGUACCAGUACAAGAAAAACAACCGUGUCCUUCCCGGCAGUAUUGUCAUCUACCGAAAAGAGGGCAGCCUUAAGUGGUCAAAAAUUGACCAUUACGAGUGGCCUAUUCUUAUUGCUAAUAUUGAAGAUGUCUACAAAAAAGACGCAGUGGCCAGAGGUGUUCAGGAUGACAAACUGGAUGACAACAAGCCCUACGUUGUCUUUAUGAGUGUCACCAGACGAAUUUCACCCGGAUUUUCCGUCGAAGGCGCAGGUAAUUGGUUUGAAAAUGACGACAGCCCGCCAAUCACCAACAAGCAAGUGCUCGAGGCACUUAGAAUGCGAAGUUCAAGAGAUGAUGAAGCUAAAGCUGCCGGUGACAGCAGCAGUGAGUACAUUUCAGCAGAUGAUGAAGAGUUUGGUCAGCGCGUUUGCCAUUCAUUCUACCUCUGCUCGCCCAACACUGAGCUCAGCUGCAUCUCCCCGGUUCUCGUGCGCGUUCUUCGCCAGUGGGGCACUCCCGCUGGUCUCAAAGAGGCCGAUCCGGAGGGCGGCCCCAACCCCUCAGUCCUCAGCACAAAGUUUCUGCAGAGUCUCAGUGUUAAACUUUGCUAUCUCUACUUCAAUAUUGCAGCCGUCUGCUAUUUGCCAUCGCCCAUUUUGUACGCUCAAAAGCUUGCAUUCUUUGCCGGCAAUCACCUAAAGAAGGAAGCCAACGAAGUUAUGGAAGACAAACUCUACUUUUUGUAG